AGUGGGAGGAAUAUGUGGUGCCGUAGGUCAAUGCCCCCCAGAUGGCCUACCCAGUCAGCACCAUGGCGUUUUAUAGGACAAGAACAAGGGACUGCCUAGAAUGACCAUUCACGGCUCUACUGUUCAUUCCCUUGUCCCCUUCAAAGCGAUCCCUUACUUCAAUAAAAGAAGCAACAUGUCCGUCGAGUAUUUCAGACGCCCAGGCCCUGGGGGGCUAGAUUGCGAAGCCACCGGCUUUUCCAACACGGUUGUCCUCCCUGCCAACGCGCGCGUUGUUAUAACAGCAGGCCAAGCAGGUAUCAACAUUGAAACCAACCAGCUCGUCACUUCGAGUCCGGAAGCCCAGAUCGAAGCGGCUUUCGAUUGCCUCGACGCUGCACUCAAGACUGCGGGUGUCUCAAAUGGACUUGCUUCUGCGUACAAGGUCACAAGCUACCUGACCGACCCGAGAUACGAUUCGUUAAUGAUGGAGAUCUGGAGGAGAAGGUGCCCUGGACACAGGCCCAUCUGGGCAUCUGUGGGCAGCCAUGUUCUUGUCCUGCCUGGCAUGAUCAUCGAGUUGCAAGCGGAAGCAGUUUUACCAGCAACUGCCAGGCUCUGAAAGUGGAGUAGUCAUGCCGACAUAGAUGUGGAUUUCCAGGUCUCGGAUCCUCGAUUGGGAGGAGCUAUUCUACGCCUUGUGGCUUUGCCGGGAUAAACAAGAAAUAGCCUUGAAUGUGAUUUGGAACAGCGCAGGCGACUAUAGAAAACGAGAGAAG